UUUUUUUUUGUGAAUUGUUAUUGGUAAAAUCUAGAUCAAUCUCCUCUUGAUGAAAAAGAAAAAGAAAAAAAGAAAUCACAAAAAUUAUCAAGGAAAAAGAAAAACUGCUAUCAAAUAAAAAUUGUUUUUACGUUGAGCAAGGCAUUCAAAGUAGCGAGUUUAGGGUUUUUCAAAUUACAAAAAUACUGAAGCUUUGGAAUCGAAUUAAUGGCGAAGAAGAACAAGAAAAGGGGCGAUAGUGAUGAAGACGAUGACGAAACCUUCUAUUAUCGUUACGCCUCAGCUCCUACCACCGGUAACCAUCCGUCUCGGACCUCCGGCUCCGGGAGCAAGCCCUCCGGCUCCGGUGCCCUAGCUCCUUCCAAAUCGACCCUAUACGUCUCCAACAUCGACUACUCCCUCACCAACUCCGAUCUCCACACACUCUUCUCCACCUUCGGCAAAGUCGCCCGCGUCUCCGUCCUCAAGGACCGCCAAACACGACUCAGCCGUGGCGUGGCCUUCGUCCAGUUCGUAUCGCGGAACGACGCCGUUUCGGCAGCACGCCAGAUGCACGGGAAGGUCCUUAACGGGAGAACCCUAACGGCUUCGAUCGCCGCAGACAAUGGCCGAGCCUCGGAGUUCAUCCGCAAGAGGGUUUACAGGGACAAGAGUCGGUGCUACGAGUGUGGGGCCGAAGGGCACCUAUCUUACGAGUGUCCGAGGAACCAGCUCGGCCCGAGGGAGCGACCUCCGCCUAAGAAACUGAGAAGGGGUGGCGAUAAUUUGAAGAGGGAAGACGAGGAGGAUAACGAGGCGGGGUGGUCUGAUGGAGCCGUGGAGGUGUUUGAGGAUGAUAAUUGGGCGUCGGUGGUGGAUAGUGGCGCGGACGAGAGGUUGUUGAGAGAAGGCAGCGGCGGUGAGGGUGGUGAGGAGGAGAAGAAGAAGAAGAAGUUGAAGAAGGCCAGCUACUUCAGCGAUGAGAGUGGUGAUGAGGACGACUGAUGUUACCAGGUUGGGUUGCUCUGGAUAUGGGGUUAAUCAAAUUAUUGGGCUUAUGAAGUUGAAUUACAGUGAAGAAUCAGGAUUCUUAUUUUCUAUAGGCAUGUCGCAUGUUCUCUCGGCCAAGAACUUUGUGUGACAGUAGCAGACAAAGUGUAGUAUUUCAUCAGCAGAUAAUCUUAUCAGAUGAAAUAUGGUUUAACUGCCUUGGAAUUUGCAAGUUCUGCAUAUGAUGCUGUGGAUUGGAUUGUUGAAAUUUUUGUUUGUUCUGCCAGCAAGUUUAUAUGUACAGUUUGAACAAUAAUAAGAUUUUCAUUACUGUACAUUUGGCAUUAUGGUAUACGAUAUACUUUUUUUUUUAAA